UGUUGUCGUGAAGAUGCUACACACUAUACUGUUCUGGCAAUCCGCCAUCUCGUUUUCUUACCUUUCUACUACAGUCGCUGAUUGUUGAUGCAGAUAUUGCCUGUCUGGCCCGAGAAUGCUACGCCAUGUUACCAAAAAGCUCAAAUGUGUCCUUCUCCCCACCCAAUCCAAGUCUGACAAAGCUACAAGGCAAGCCAAAUCCCUGCGAACGAAUCGCAUCAUCCAUCCUACGUUCCAUCUCUUCAUGAGACUCCCGAAGGAACUUCGACUUAUGAUAUACGACAACAUCAUAGGAACUACGCGUCGCCAACUCCCUCUCACUAAUGCCCGAAUCUACUACGAUUAUUUACACUCAGCAAUACUCCAGACAUGCAAGCAAGUCGCAGAAGAAGCUGGUCCUAUCCUGCACCGUCGAAGAAUUGAAAUUUUAGGCCCCCCAGUGCUGACCAUUCGCAUCAACCCGAACCGUUACGACAGCGCCUUAUAUUUCAUCAAACACCUGCUUAAACUCAUUGGUGAGUGUCGUGCAGCAGAGAUUGAAGAAACAGGAGCAUCAGCCAAUGUCAUUCUACCAUGGUUGUUUAGCGGUGACAAAGACCGCAACAUCCGAAUAGGCACGUUGUUCUCUGUUGAACUCUCGCAAAGCAGUCCCAUCACAAAUGGCCGCAAGUUCCAGGAUUUCUUUCAGCGCACGAUGCGACACAUGCGGCGGCAAUCAACAGUCGUUGUUCGUCUCCUUGUUGAUGGCCUGUUUCGCACGCACCCAUUCAAUAACAUGGAAUUCUGGAGUGAGACUGCUGUCGAUCUUGAGCAAUACUCUCGCAUGAUCAACUUCCGCUUUGUGUUCGUGGUGCCAAAGCAACAGCUCGAAAGUUACAAGGGGUUGGCGGUUAGGCCGAGAUCUGUUCCGCCUUGGAUUACGGAGGAUAUGUGGUCUGUCGAAGCAGCAAAGAGAGGUGGUGUUGAUCCGGCUGUCGAUUAAGUCUUACUGUUCGCUUAGAUGUGAGAUUAGGCAUGCGAUGCAUAUCUGUACAUGUUUUCGAGGCCGUUGCAUGUGUGAGGCAUAUGCAUGCGUGCUGCCGGCUUCGUAUCACCAAUUGGUGUUGCUGGUUGCGGCCCCCAAAGCCCGCCACGUCCUUGGGCGGACGCCUCACAAUGUGCGCAUGAUCGCAGCUUCCUUUCUC